ACAGUCAUAUGACUCCCAGUUGCAUGAAUGUGAGAAAAACAGAGCUGAAAAUGCUCCCUGGGGAGAUUUCGGGUGGUUUUGUGGGCCGGAUCUUGACCCUGCGGGAGCUGACGCUUGGCCCACUUUAGCGCUGAUCCCCGUAGAUAAGAUGUUGGGAGUAAACCUCCCGGGAUCACGGCAAACUUUAGUGCGUGAUCGCAAACUCUACAUACAUGCAUGGAAGAUUUGCACUCUAACGGGAAAACGCCACUGACGGUAAGGGAAGAUCCGGGCAGCAUGAGCCGACAACAGGCAGAGAUCCCACCUCGGAGGAGAGUAGCAGCGGUGAGCGCUCCCGCUCUAUCCGCCUCACGGCUUACCUUACCCGGGGUCAUGGACGCAGAGGGGAGGGUCGACGAGUCCAGACUGAGGAUGCACAUCUUCAAGAACGGUGGUGUGUCUCCAUCAGAGCGAGGCCUGGCUUGGCGUUUCCUGUUUGGCAUGUACCCAUGCAGCUCCACCGCACUGGAGCGGUCUUUGCUGCGGGAGCAAUUGUUGGUACGUUACCAGGUCAUGAAAAGGAGGUGGCAGCAGUUUCUUCCCUCAGCGGUGCGGAUGCAGCUCAACGGCACUGAUGCCAAGUUGCUCGCAGCGGUUCGGUACUUUGACCAGAGGGAGGCACAAACCCAGCAGCAGGACCAGGAUCAGUCUGAGGAGGUGAAGGACAGACUGGCAUUCUUGGAGCUUCAAGCUCAGAUACUGUUUGAGCGCAUCACAUUUGACCUGGAGGAGCUGCGGGAAGCAACACGAAUCAUUAACAAGGACGUUCCCCGCACAAACAGAGACCUGAGCUACUACCAAGAUGAAGGUUUAGGGAAUCUGUUGGUCCUGAGAGACAUCCUCAUCACUUAUGCUGCUUUUCAUCCAGAAGUUAGCUAUGCCCAGGGAAUGAAUGACCUGUGCAGCAGGUUCCUGGAGGUCCUUGACUCUGAGGUGGACACCUUCUGGAGUUUUUCUUCCUACAUGGAGAAGUUCUCCAGGGAUUUCAUGGCUGACGGCUUACGCAGAAAAAUAGAGCUGGAGGCUGAUUUGCUGAAGGAGCUGGACCCUCCACUUUAUGCUCAUCUAGUCAAAGACAACAUGGAAAGUUUUACAUUUUGCCACAGGUGGCUGCUGCUGGGUUUUCAAAGAGAAUUUGAACACAGUGAUGCGCUGCGUUUGUUUGAAAUCCUGAGCUGUGACCAUCUGGAGCUAAUCUCACAGCAGGUUGACCGCGCUCGAUAUCAGGAGAGACUGGACCAAAAACACUACACAGAGGACAGAUCAGAGUCACCACGGCAAACCUUCAACACAGACUUCACCUUCGAGCUCUUCAUCUGUGCAGCCAUCCUGCUAGAUAACAGAGAGUGCCUGCUUCGGUGCCAAGAUGACGUGCAGCUAAUCCAGUUUACCAGCAGUCUUCAGGGAAAACUGGACCUGAACAGCACUUUGGAGAAAGCAGAGAGCCAUUUCUACAACUACUGCAAGCGGUGUGCAUGGGAUUAUAUGAAUGGGCACUGCCGAGAAAACAGUAGCAAACCUGAAGACUUCUUUUAUCAACUCCGUAGUUUGUUUGUCCUAAAGUGACAACUUUCUCACUAGCUAUAAAAUCACAGUUUUCUUCUAUCUGACAUUUUAGGGACAUAUUGUUUGAUUUAUUUCAGUUCGAAAAGAACACUUGUUUAAUGCUGCUUAAUUGCUUAUAAUUACUAUUAAUGUACCGGUACACUAUUUAUUGAACGUUACUCUACAACUGUUGCAAGUUAUUGUGUUUACAAAUGUCAACAGCAUUUAAAACUAAGUCUGAGCUUAAUGGUUUUCUGAUUUUUGUAUGUGAAUUACCACUUUAUAAAAGAGGGGUGUGCUGUUAUGCAAGAGUCCUACAUCAGCAAUGUGUAGAUGUGGUCUUUCCCAACAGCUGCUGUCUGAAAAAAAAGAAAAUGGUGGCUAUAUUUAAGGCCAGAUGGCAAAUGUGUUGGAGAGGCCAGUGCAGCGAGAAUAGACCAUGUAGUAACAGGGAAGUGAAAUACACACCCACUGUGCCUUACAGAGGGAGUCUUGCAAAAUGACUUAUACUCCUUGAACUUUUCUGCAUUUUGUCACGUUGCAACCUUGAUGUGUUUUAUUUUGGUUUCUUUUACGUUAGAAACCAACACAAAGUGGUCCAUAGUUGUAAAGCCAAGUCAACAAAUUAUAAAUAGCUACAAACAAAAAUUUAAGCGUCACAAUUUUUUGUAUUCAGUCCUGUUCACAAGCAAACAUGCACCAUAACAACUCCUCAAUUUAAAAAAAAAACAACAAAGCAGGUUGAGUAUGUGUGUAAUUUAAUCUGAGUAUGUAACAGCUGAUCCUAUAAAUUGUUUGUUGAUGAACAUUAGUGAACAAGCAACCCUAUAAAGACAAAGGAACAAACCAGACAGAGCAGGGAUGAAGUUAUGGAGAAGUUUAUUGGAUAAUCGCCUCCAGCAGUAGGUGCCUAAAAUCCUAACACAUGAAUCCUUCUGCAAGUAUGCUGGUGGAGGAGUCAUGCUGUGGGAAAACUUUGCUUAAGCAGGGAGAUAAAAAAUUAACCCAAUUAAAGGAAAAACAGAGUUAAAAACAGGGUAAUUCUGGAGGAAAACAUGUUUGAGGCUGCAAACCACAUGAACCUGUGGUGGAGGUUCAUUUUUAGCACGACAAUGAGACUAAAGCUAGAUCCAUAUCCACAAAAAUGUUUUAUAUUAAACCAUAUUACUCAAUGGCUCAGUAAAAGAGAAAACUUUAAUCCAAUUGAAAAUGUGUGGGGUAAUAUUACAUUUUAUAAUCUCUGAUGUUGAAGUUGGCUGAAUUCAUACCACAUUUCAGAUUUUCUAAACUUUUGAAAACAUGUCCUAUGUAUUCCAUUAAAGAAAUUAUACAUUAAGUUACAUCAGGUUUGCCUAUCAAUUAAACUCAUAAAACUUAACUUUUGUUUUGCUUUAUGUCAUUUUGACCAAAUUUGGAAUUGGUUAGGAAAAACAAUGCAAAAGAAUGACCUUACAUACAGAAGCAUAACCUCAAGAGGUACAAAACUUUGUGUAACUUUGGCUUGAAAAUAUCCCCUGUAAUGUUUUCCACAAAUUGUCACUGUAUGUUGCUUAAUGUGUUGCCGAUUUUUGCUUGGAGUUACUAACAAGAGUUGUUAAAACAUUUGAAAAAAAUUA